GUGAACGAGCUUUUGGAAGCAGCGUGGAGAGAGAGAGAGAGAGACAGACAGAGACAGACAGAGAGAGGGAGAGUGGAUGCGCAUCCAGAGAAAGCCCAAAGGGAGAAGGAAAGUGCUAGUGGGAGCCCGCAGAGUGGGAAGCCAUAAAGCUACACAAUGGAAGUGCAGACGGAGUGUGCGGACCCCACCGCGGCCCCUCCGUGUGACCCCCAGCCGCCUACCGGGAAGAUCAACAAAGCUGCCUUCAAGCUCUUCGCAAAGCGACGUACCGGCUCCGGAAUGGCCAGCUUCUUCUCCUUCAGGAACAAAGGGGCCACGCUGAACGGGACCAACGGGCAUUCGGACACUGGGAAUUCUGUGAAUGGGAACGCUUCAAUGUCAUCGGGCGAGAUGGUGAGAAGCAAAACACACGAUGGGCUCAUCGGGUCCAGCAAUAACGCUGAUGUACAGAGAGGGGAGGGCUUGUCCACGCUAGAAACAGGAACUGUCAGGUCUCUCAGUAAAUCUUUAAGUUUCUUUUCUCUACUGCGACGUGGGAGUCUUAGGUCAAAUGAGAACAGUGCGGGACUGGUACGAAGAGGGAGGGGCUUGAAAGGCUUUUUCACUAGCAUCCGCUGGCGACGUAAGGACAAAACAAACGAAGGCGACGGGGACGAGUCGGAACCCCGGAAGGAGAAGGAUGUGGAUGCUGCGGCCGCUGAAACGGCCCAGGAUAUCUCUCUCAUCCUUGAACCGACCCCGAGUGGCAAGACAGAGGCAGAAUGUAACCUCCAAGCCGUCGAGGCUCACAGUAAGAGUGUUCCCUUGACGGCCACGCAGUGCGUGGCCAUGCCAGGCCCAUCUGCUGAGCCAGAUUCUCCCUCUCCGUACACACCCAACGACUCCCCUUUGCACCCUGCCACCAGCAAAGCCAAAGCCUCAGUCUCCAGCCUCACCCCCUCACUCGCCACACCCCCUUUGGAGUGUUGCAGCACCGGCGACCCUCCUUCGGAACCCUCGGUGGACCGUCUGUGUUCUCUUCUCUUCAAUGACGUCACAUCGCUUAAGAGCUUUGAUUCACUCACGGGCUGUGGGGAUAUUAUUGCCGAUGCAGAAGAGGAGAUGGCUGGCAAUGGGGGAAGUGGGACGAGUAGUAGCAGCAGUGGCGGGGGCGGCGGGGUAGGAGGAGGCGGAUCGGCUGUUGGGAGACCGCUUGGAGUCACCUGCCCCCCGACUCGUGGAUCCCCAUCAAAAGUCCCUCUUUCUUCCGCGCAAUCUGUAUUCGCCGCAUCUCCUGGUCCGGCUUCACUUCCUGCUCGCGCCCGGGUGCCCCCCGCACCUCAACCACCCGCAGUGGGCAGUGGGGUGGUGGCUUACAUGGGUGGCGGGGAGGAAAUGGCCAGUCCGGAGGGAGUGGACGAUGCUGACAUGCAGGGGCUUUGGCAUAUGCUGCCUUCCACUGGUGACAACUCCCCUGCUUUGCCCCGAUCACUCCAACCCGCCUGCACCACUCCCACCUCCACCUACCCCCUUCGUACCCUCACCUCCACCAGCUGCCAACAAUCUUCAACCAAUAUAUGUGCAGAUCGUAAGACGCUACAGGUCAAAUCUUUGGGCCUCAGUAAGAUUCCAGUGGUGGGUGGAGUAGGAAGUCGAGCGGCCAAACCCCUCCUACCUCACGCUCGUCAUCCGGCAUCACCUGGAGACAAAGAACCGCUCAGCGACGAAGGCUACUGGGAAACACCCUCGGCAACACCCACGGCGACACCUGAGGAAAGUGGGCAGCGGCACCAAAUGUCACGUGACAGUUGCUCUGGGGAGCGCCUGUAUGAUUUCUACAAUGACCCGGAGGGGCCGGAGGGCGAUGACGACCAAAACAGUUCGUCCUCCUUGUCCACAGAAUAUAAACUCAGCCCUCCUUCCUCCUCGUCCUCUUCUUCCUUCCGCUCAAUGAAAGGCAGCGCCAGUCUUCCCCGGGAAUCCAAGAUCCCAGUCAGCGCCAGACAAACCCCGCCGCCUCAGUCCGUAAGCCAAUCAGCACUCUCGUCUGUUCUGGAGGCAGAAUUGUCGCCGCCAAAGACCCAAGCACUUCCUCGUACCAGAAUCCCCGUAUCCAAGGUACCCGUGCGUCGUCCCGGAAACAAACCGGGCCCCACAAGCAGAGCCUCGAAGAAGUAGUUACUAUUGGGGGCUUGAGAGGCUGACUCCUGUGCUGUUUUUUUUUUUUACAGAGCCAAAUGUUUUCCUUAGCCAAGAAAAAUGUUGCCCUGUGCGGUUUUGAAUCUUAAAAGAUCCCCGUCCCAAAAGGUUACAAUUGAAUAAAGAUGUUGUUGUUUUUUACCCUGAGAAAAGUCGCAAGGAGACUCUCCAAAAAACCCAGAUUGUGUUUUAGCACUCACUGGAACUUGGAAGCUUGACCCUUGACAAUCCAUGAACUGUGAAAAGUUCAUCUCUCAACUACCUGCAAAAAAAAAAAAAAGGCCUAGCUGCAUGUUGGAGGAUUUCAAAGCUCCAAUUCAUGACUACAUACUGCAAAAAUAAGCUGCUUUUAUAGUCUUUUAUGACGUUACAAAUUGAAAUGAAUUUCCUCUUGACGAUCAACAAUAUGACCCUUGAACUAUCCCACUUUAGAGCCAAAGUAUCUUUCCUUAAAUAGUUUGAAACAGACUGGAAUGUCUUUUUUUAAGAUGAAAGUUUUGCAUCCUGAUUAAACAUUUGCAUGUAAAACAACAAUAAUAUAGCACCGAUUUCAAAGCUUCUCUAUUUGUGGAGCACAGAAAGUCACACUUUGACACUUUGCAUGCAAAGACUUCAAUUAUGGAGCGUUCCAGCUCAUCGUAACUUUCCCGAUUGCAGCAUGGGGAAGGUUGGGACACAAAUGUUUUACUGUAUGUUUUUGGAAAUGUGCUUCAAUAUGGAAAUCUUGAUGCAUUGAUACAAACAUGACUCUUUGUCUGCAUUCAGGGCUGCACAUGCAAAGGUCAGGGAGCACACACACUUGCACAAACACACGGCAAAAUGUGUUGACGGCUUUCUACACACGUGCAAAAACAACAUAUCUGUAUGUAGUGCUUUUUUUCUUCUUAACAGCUUUUUUUUUAUAUCCUUACUCUCCUACUGCACGGAUUCAAACUGUGACUGCUCCAGUUUGCUAAUCUGUUCAUUUCCAUCUGACAAACUGUAGUGGGACUAACUUCUUCCAGAAUAUGCCUGCCUCCGACUCCCAAAAAUGCAGCAAUGAAAUUCCAUCAGGGUUUCAAAUAAAGAUUUACCUAACCAUUCCUAUUAUUGGACUGAAAUGUUGAAAAGCCAUUGGUGAAAAAGUACAUUGUAAAAAAUGAGGGGCUAUUUCAGGUGUGUCUGAAAAGUGAAUGUAGCUUGACAUUUUUGUAGAUCAUGGAUUAGUAGCUAUAUAUUUUUGUGUGUGUCAGCAGGAUUUUAUAGGAGCAAAGCAAAUGACUGUAUCGUUUCUAAUUCCCCCCUCGCCCAUCCCCAAACGUGUUUCAAACAUGAAGAGCCCCCCCAAGUGUAUUUUAAUAGUGACACGAUGCGAUCAGGUAUUUUCUUCGCCCUCGAUUAAAGAGAGGGACUUUUAUAUGCAAAGCCAUUUUAGACUGUGUGCAUUUUGUCUGCUUCGAAAACAAGGUACCCUUCCAUCACACUUGUGAUUAUUGAUUGAUGGCAGGGCUUUUGGAUUCACAUAUCAUUUACUUGGCUGAUGGUAAAAAGUAACCUGAGUCCAGCGCGAGCAUUUUCUUGCUAGGUACAAAGAGGUUUAGUAUGCAAGCAUUUUUCUUCUCAUGUAUGUGUGACUGUUUUUAGGAGAGGGUUGGGUGUUUUUUUUUAAUUAUUUAAAAUGAAGUUAAAUAUUUCUACUCAAAUGAGGCAAUUUCUCUCCACAUCAAAUGUACCUUUACAAUUUUGUUCUGGUUUCACGUUAUUCUUCUCACUCUGAUGAUCACCCGAGACACUCUUUCCACUAUAUAUGUGAAAUAUGUUAUGGGCUAUUUUUCUGCCUUCUUUCAUCAUCAUUGGCCAUUUGUGCAAUCAUCUAACACAAUGAAAAGCACAUUUCCAUUUUCCCUUUUAUUUUGCUUGAGCACCUGUUAGCCGACAGUGUGAAA